GGCCACAGAAACAUGAGGAAAUCUGAACAGAGCAAGUCGGUCUGGUCUCACGGCUUCACCGUCUGACUCAAACAGUCGCCCUGUUUGUUAUUGUUUGUUUGUUUUUAUUUAUUUAUAUAUAAUUUUGUUUUGAUAAUAAUUUUUGCCACCAGUACCAGCCGGACCUGCAUGGCCCCAUCAUCGACCYUCAUGUCCGCUUUGACCGCCGGUGUGAAAUCUGAAGAGCUCCCUCCUCACCAUCAUCCCCGCUCGGUUCUGGUCAGCAGAGGCGACAUGCAGACCAGCCUGAGCCCAGCGGAGGACACCGGGAAGCCCAAAGUCGCGAUCCUGCCCUUCAGCGUCGAGGCGCUGAUGGCGGACAGGAAGCCCAGCAGAGAGCUUCCAUCUCCGGACGACGCGGCCGGGACGUCCCACGACGCGCUGGGGAAGGAGGCGCGGAUGGGCUCCUAUCCUGCCCUGGAUCCUUCGGUCCCCGCACUGCCCGUCAGCUCGGCGUUUUCAGUGGGGGACAUCAUGAACAUGUCCGAGGACGUGCUGAUCAAACCCGAGAGCCCGGACGGCAAAGAGAGGACGCCGUGGAUCCAGAGUCCACGCUUUUCUCCCACUCCUCCAAGACGCCUGAGUCCUCCUGCCUGUCCGCUGCGCAAACACAAGACAAACAGAAAGCCCCGGACUCCCUUCACCACGUCCCAGCUGCUCGCCCUGGAGAGGAAGUUCCGCCAGAAGCAGUACCUCUCCAUAGCCGAGCGCGCAGAGUUCUCCAGCUCCCUGAACCUGACGGAGACCCAGGUCAAGAUCUGGUUUCAGAACCGGAGGGCCAAGGCCAAGCGUCUGCAGGAGGCAGAGCUGGAGAAACUGAAAAUGGCAGCCAAGCCCAUGCUGCCCCCGGCCUUCGGGAUUUCCUUCCCUCUCGGUGCGCACGUCCCCGCGUCCUACGCAGGCUCGCACCCGUUCCAGAGACACUCGCUGCCGGUGUCUCCGGUCGGACUGUACGCCGCUCACGUGGGGUACAGUAUGUACCACCUGGCUUGACAUGAACAGUGGUAGGGUGUGAGGACUUUCUUUUUAAAUGGGUGGGUGCGGGUGGGCCUCCGGAACAGAGAGUUGUGGCCUGUGCAGAGACGCGUCCAGGUGCGGAGGUUUGUGUCACAUCUGGUCAGGAGUUGGGGUGGAGGAGGGGAGGGGACAAGGCGUCCUGGACCCUUGAAGGUUAAUCCCUUUUCCUCACCAGUAGGCCCAGGUUCACAGRCUGCAGAAAGAAACGAACAUGAAGUCUUAAUUUGAGGAGAAAAGCGGUUCUCUGACAGUCAUUUUGGAGACACGAGGGUGAAAAGACUUGAAUUUGAGAGUUUUGGUGGAAACAAGGACAGCUCCCCUCCUCUCCUCCAUGCAGGCAGGUGAAAGGUGACAGGCCUUCUUGUCGCUCACUUUGCACCAACAAACUUUUAGUUGUUGUUGUUGUUGUUGUUUCUGGGCCUAAAGGAGCGCCCUGCUGCAAAUUUCGGUGCGUUCAAACACCAGAACGGGUCGCCAAAUCCUGAGCAAAGUAGUGUUUUGUUUUUUUGUUUGUGUGUGCGUGUGCACUAGGAGAACCACAGCAUUAUUUUUAUUAUUAUAAUUAUUUUGUUUGUAUUAAAUAACAGCACUGCCUGUUGUCGAUUUGCUUCCCUUCGGAAGGGAAAUGUGUUCUGUACAUUAAUGUAUAUAUCUGAAAAAUAUCCUCAUUUAUAUUCUGAAUAUAUUUGUGACAUAACUUAACAAUAAAUUGUUUAUGCUUUGCUUUUUUUUCCCCAA